AUGGCGUCAACAGAUAAAGAGAGUGCGCCAACUGAAUCAAUUCUACCACCAGAAGAAGGUGUUCAAGGAUGGAUAUGCGUGGUUGGAGGAUUCUUAGGCUUGUUUGGGACUUUCGGGUUUCUAAAUGCCGUUGGCGUCUUUCAGUCAAUAUAUGAGGAGACGUCUCUCAAAAAUUAUAAUUCAUCAGAGGUUUCUUGGAUUUUCGCCGUUCAAAUAUGUCUGAUGUGGGCUGGUGGGCCUCUUUGGGGUCGAAUCAUUGAUACCUACGGUGCAGCGCCGGUGCUUUAUCCAUGCAGUCUUCUCUGUGUGUUCUCUCUCUGCAUGACAAGUCUCGCAGACGAAUACUACCAGAUUUUUCUUGCGCAGGGCCUUGGCUUUGGUAUAGGUGCGGGCGGCGUCUUCACCACGUCAAUGGUUUGCGUGGGACAGUGGUUCGUGAAAAGACGUGGUCUUGCGGUUGGCAUCGCCAGUUGUGGCUCAAGCUUUGGCGGUGUCAUAUUCCCUAUCUUCUUGAAUAAGGUGAUUGAAGAUGUAGGCUUCUAUGGCGCUGUGCGAUAUACUGCCUUGUUUGUUGGCGUGUUGCUUGCUUCGGCUUGCUUGAUGGUUCGAGCAAGAGUACCACGAAAGACGUGGAAUAGGAAGACACCAUGGUUUGAUGUGACGUUGUUUAAGCAGAAACAAUUCGCCUUGUUGACUGUCGGCACAUACCUUGUCAUGUUUGUUACUACUGGCUUGGAUGCGGCUGACAAAGUAUAUGGCAGUGCUGCCUCUAUCCCCGGUCGAAUUAUCCCGCCAUAUCUUGCUGAUCACAUUGGACACUUCAACGUACUGACUACGUGUUCCCUGAUGACUGGGGGGUCGAUGCUCGUACUUUGGCUCCCUUUCAACUUCCACCCUUCCCACGCAGGGAUCAUUGUGUUCGCAUUGGUAUACGGAUUUGUCAGUGGUGCAGUAGUCUCCCUUGUUAUGCCGUGUGUUGCCAAAUCCGGAAGCAUUGAGACUUUGGGCCAGAGAUUCGGGACUUUUCAGCUCGUUAUAUCAGUCAGUUGCCUGACCGGUCUUCCCCUCAUGGGCGGCAUCCUGUCCCGACAGGGUGGAACCGACUUCUCUGGCCUGCAAAUAUUCGCUGCAGUUGCUUCUCUAUUGGGGGCGGGGUUCCUCGUAUGUUCGACCCAUCUACUGUCCCAGUCGCGCGGGAAUUGGAGAGUUUAA